AUGGCAGCUUGCGACGACAUGUGCACGGUCGACUGUUUCCUGAAGAUUAAAAACGGAUUCUACCACGGGUUCCUGGACGCGGCACAAGACGGCAAGGACUUGCGCGAGACGAAGUCGGAUCCCGGCGAUAUGUUGUACCCCGAGCCCUCGCUCCACGGCCACGUCGCGGGGCAGACGGUGCACUGGGCCCUCAGGGACGCCAGCUACGGCAUGAGGGGGGCCGUCGUCCGCGGGAGCGGCGCGUGCACGGCACCUUGCUUGGUGGUGUCCUUCCAGAGCGAUGACUACCACGUCAAGCUGUGCGCCGUGUCCACCCGCCGCCAAGUGAGGGGCCCGUUUCGAGUGAGUCGGGGGCCGCGCUCGCUUGCCGCGAAGACCAGCGACGGCGGUGAAGAUGCCGCGCCGCGCCUCCGUGGCUAUGCGUUGGGGCAAACGGUAUACUGGAAGGUCAAGAAGCGCCAGCCUCGCGGGCCACGCAAGGGGAACACAUUGCACGGCAUGAAGGGCGUGGUCGUUGGCGAGAGCGAUGCCUUCUCGGAGCCGUCCUUGCUCGUGGCGUUCAAGGGCGCAGAUUACCACGUCAAGGUCAACGCCAUAGCCACAAGGAGCCCGAAGAAUGGAGUCCGCGCGACGCCGCCCUUCAAACAAGCCAACGCCAGCCAUGCUGCCCCCGCUGACUGGGGCGAGGAGAUCGACGACGCCUCGCCGCAGGUUGUCGACGUCGGCGGCGUGCCCAGUGCUGGUCGGGAAGGGCGACGCGCGGCAGUGGGCCCGGCGCUGCCUUGCAUCACGAUCGGCGCGCGGCUACUCUUCGCGGCGCUGCUCAAACGCCGCAUGCGGGCGCUGAAGCACGUUCAGAGACCAGAUCAUGAUGCGGGCCCAGAUAAAUACUUGGUGCACGUCUUCUUUCACUUCGUUGCCGUGAAAGUAUUCGAGGACGGGUACGACGCCAUCGAUGGCGACCAGCGGUGCCAGUUCGACGGCCCGAUCAGCUCUCUCGAAACAUUCUUGGGAUCAGAUGCCACUUGGUACCGCGUCGUCGACAUCGGGGAGAUCUCAGACCAAGGCGAUGUAACGGAUACAGAAUCAGACUCGGACAGGCGCGCGUUUGGCGCUAGGUUGCAGCGCUUGUACGAUACCGAGGAAGCGUUCGACAAUGGAGAAAAUUCGCCACGUUCAAUUGACAUUGACCCACUGAUCGACGUACAUGCUUUUGAUGCUUACUUGAAGCGCCUAUACCUCGUCGAGGAAGCUUCGAGUCAUUCAGGAGACAGCGAUCUAGAUGUUGAACCUUUUGAUGCGCUGCCGCAGGAUGAUGACUUGUUUCAUCCUCGGCCGAACCGCGUUCCCGACAUGGUAGCCUUACUCGACGUCGCUGGAUCUGAUGGAGAGAGUACCAGAGACGGCGGCGCCAUUCUGGAGUACACCGCCGAUGGGACAUCUUCGACGGCGCCAUCCGUGGAUACUCUGGGCGGCAUGGAUUCUGUCGAAUUGUACACGGCGGAGACUAAGCGGCGGAUUCUCGACAAGUGGGAGCCAGAGAAGUUCAGGCGUCUCCAGGCGCGUCCAGGGCCUACGUUGGUGUCUGAUGUAGAGCCCGCGAAAUUCGACGUCAGGGCAGCGGUGUCGCAAGUGAUUAACAAGACGAACGAAUUGUUGCAGGCGUGGGACCCGCAGCCAGCGGGCCUUGAACACUUCUGCUUAAGAGUAAUAGCGAUGUGCGUUAUGGAGCCGCUGCACUGGAACCCUACCAACGAUCUCCUCAUUGCGCGAAUCGCUGCCUUGGCACUUGACGGCACCAUUGCGCACCCAGACGGCGUAUAUUUAUACCGGCAGGGGUCGUUCGGGCGAGUGGAAGAUCUUCCCACGGCGUACAUGUACAAGAUUGAACGGGUGUUGUCCGUUACACAAGUUGUUCUACUUCGCAUCAUGAACGGGCAGGUCCCGCGCGACUUAGUUAACGUGUUUCAGUUCCUGGAGAGCGAUGUUGGGAAUUGGGAAGCAGCUCAAACUGUGUGCUCAUCAGAUCUACAAGUGAAGAAGGAACAAGUUGCUGGUUGGGCGUUCGACGCCUGCAGGGGUUGCCAGCAAGUCAUUUGUCGAUCCACGGGCAAGGGCCAAUCUGAGAAGCUCGUGGAUCUACUCGGCGCCUGGUUCCAUGUCCCCAAGCCAGACCCUCCCUUCGUUUCCGUUGCGUUUGAAGACUGCGCUGUUAAGAUUGACGACAGCGCUGAGACAGCCGCAGACAGGAUCGUGCAGAUCCCAAAGGCAAGGGAAAACCGAUGCUACUUUGGAAUACCAAUCAGCAUCGUACCAGAACCAGCCCAAGAUGUCGUGGAUAAGCUGGGCCUUUUCCUAGCAACAUCUUUUGCUGGCAACGAGCCUGGGCGCGUGAUUGACCUCGCGAUGGAGGCGCUGGCGUGGAUGGGCGUACCGACGCCGCCUGUGAUGGUCAUGCUCACGGGGAACGGAAGCAAUUCCAAGUCCGCCAGGACAGUGCUACGGAAUAGCGUAUUCGGCGGGCACCAUGCUGUCCUCGCUGCAGACGUAUUCCAAGAGCCGCAGGAAUUCAGAAAACAAG